AAUAUGAAUUAACGAACGAAUGAAUGAUGAAUACAAUUCACUAUUCUAACGGACAUAUUUAUUUUGCAUCCUCACAUCAGGAACUCACAUUCUGCCACGUGCAUAAAUGAACAGGAGUUAAGGAGUGCUAAAUUCAAGGCAAAUUGUAUGAACCGUCAUGGGCGUCGUAAGACACGUUGUCUGUGCGAUGUCAGGCGGCGUCGACAGCUCUGUCGCUGCUCUUCUGCUCAAACGGCGAGGUUAUCACGUGACGGGCGUGUUCAUGAGGAACUGGGACUCGCUGGACGAGCAGGGCGUGUGCAACGGGGAGCGGGACUGCGAAGACGCGUACAGGGUGUGCCAGAUGAUCGACCUGCCUUUUCACCAAGUGUCCUACGUCAAAGAGUACUGGCACGAAGUCUUCAGUAAUCUGUUGAAGGAAUAUCAGAAGGGGAGGACGCCCAAUCCCGACAUCAUGUGCAACAAGCACAUCAAAUUCAAGCACUUCUUUCAGUACGCCGUGAGCACACUGGGCGCUGACGCCGUGGCGACCGGACACUACGCCAGGACGUCCCAGGAGGACGAGGAGGUGUUCCAGCAGCGGCACGUCCCGUCUCCGAGGACGCUCUUCCGGGAUCGGUUCGAGAUCAGAAACCCGGCCAGACUGCAUCAGGGAGCCGACCGCUUCAAGGACCAGACCUUCUUCCUCAGCCAGAUCUCCCAGAAUGCACUGCGGCGGACGAUCUUCCCGUUGGCGGGCCUGACCAAGGGCUUCGUGAAGAAGAUGGCCGCCGAGGCGGGCUUCCAGCACGUCCUGAAGAAGAAGGAGAGCAUGGGGAUCUGUUUCAUUGGGGAGAGGAACUUUGAGGAGUUCAUACUAGAGUAUUUGGAGCCGCAGCCUGGGAAUCUGGUCUCGGUUGAAGACGGGAGGAUCAUGGGAGAACACAAAGGCUGGUUCACCUUCACGCUGGGGCAGAGGGCCCGGAUCGGGGGGCAGAGGGACGCCUGGUUCGUGGUGGACAAGGACGUGACCACCGGGGAGGUGUUUGUGGCCCCGACCACCAACCACCCGGCGCUGUACCGCGACACCCUGCGGACGGACCGCUUCCACUGGCUGGCGGACGAGCCGCCGGCUGAGCUGGCGCGCCGCAGCAUGAUGGAGUGCCUCUUCCGCUUCCAGCACCAGAUGCCCCUCUCUCCCUGCACUGUGACGCUGAACGCUGACGGAUCUGUUUGGGUCACGAUGGCUCGGCCAAUCAGAGCAUUGACACCAGGACAGUACGCUGUGUUGUAUAAGGGCGAUGAGUGUCUUGGCAGCGGGAAGAUCGUCCGUCUGGGUCCCACUGAAUUCACCCUACAGCAGGGCCGCGACCGCCUGAGAGGCACUCCCUCCGACCCCAACUGCACCCCUGAGCCUACUACCUGAAGGACUCGCGGUCGCUUCCGUUUCCGCUCGCCCGCGUGAGGCGACUGACGGCACUCUCAAACCGGGUCAGCUGACGGGCAGCAGUGACCGAACGCUGGUCGAUCUCAAGUAAUAUCUAUCAGUGCCCUCGGGUGAAAACAAACAAGUGCACGGGUUUCUAAUUUCUAUGAUGUGAAUUACACCUGUCAUUUAUUUUGACAGUGACGAUAUUGCUUCAUGGGAAGCAAUAGGUAGUUUAUCGUGGCAUAUUUAACAUUUUCGCCAAUUUAUUGUUGUAAUUCAUCUGAUGAAUGACUGUGUCCUGUUGGUAUCUAAGAUACUAAUUAUGGAAGAGAAAUGGAAGUUAUUUACAGUAGUAACUGGAACAUUAACUGUCCCGAAAACGCAUGGUAUUUAUACAAUUUACAAUUAAUGUAGUUUUGAGUUGGUUCAGUUGGUUCAUAAGUACAGGGAAACUAUGCAGACAAUCUACCUUUGAACUUUAAAAAACACAUGAGCGCGAAGGUGUUUGUUUUUUAAAAAUGUGAAUUUAUGACGAAGGUAGACGUCAGUAUUUCUGAAGUGCUGCGGUACAUGUGCAACAUUUUCCAUUUUAAGCUCUUACUCUCUUAGGUAUUUUUCGUAAAAAAAAAUCAAGAUUCAAGAUUUCUUUGUCAGUUUUGUGUACUUGCAUACAUAAAAACGAAAUGUUGUUCCUCCCCGUCCAAAACAGUGCAAACGAAAAAGACAAUAUGCCUAGAAUAAUAUGUACAAAAGAAAAUAAUUAUGCUCAUUGUAUUAAUAUCCCAUAGUCACUUGUAAAGGAGGAAUUACGUUGCCGCUGUAGCAAAAGACGCUUACAGAAAAGGAGGCACGCCAAUUGCUUUUUCUGAUCGUCAGAAACGCCUAAAACUGAAUUUUAAGGACGUUGUGUUCCAGUAGGCUUCAGUAAGAGCGUCAACCAGGGCUAUAGGCUACGUCUUGGUGGGAAGUGAUUAGCCUUUUUCUGGUUGUGUAUAUGCCUGCGCUCGUCAUAAUAUUUUGGUUUGCAUUGACAGGAAUUACGGUUGUCCUGAAUAAACUGUCUUCCCGACUAUUUUAUUAAA